CUUUAGACUAAGAGUGUUCAUGUGUGCCAUUACACGGAUGUACUUACAAAAAAAAAUAGUGUUAGUGGUGGAUGUUUUUUGUACAAGAUAUUCUCAUCACCUCAGAAAUUUGUGACUUCCUCUUUUUUCAGCAUUUACAUGUAGUCUGUGCUGACAGCUGUUUUCUAGGAAAUAGUUGUCAUUCUCAUGAGCGAUGGAAGAAAUCUACGCCGAUGUUAAAUAUGACACGUCUGUUGACCCAGGACCUUCGACCAAUCCAACAGGUCCCAGGAGCUCAGAGAAAAGAUUUUGUAGAGCUGUUGAUCUCUGUCUGGGGCUGCUGAGUGUUUUCCUGCUGGCUGGACUCAUCGGCCUCCGUGUCCACUGUGUACUUCGUUGUUCAGCUUCAGAUCUCUCUACUAUCAAAGACAACCUGACUGAGCGUCUCCAGGCCAGCGAUUACAAGCUGUCCUCUGUGUCUGCAGAGAGAGACCUGCUGAACGCCAGCCUCACGGAAAUGGCUAAAGAGUUGGACAGGCUUCAGAGUUUGUUCAAAGAGAAUAAAAUGUGUCCACCAGGAUGGACGAAGUUCAGUUCAGCCUGUUACCUCCUCUCUGUUUGGAGUGGUUCCUGGGAUAAAGGCAGAGAGUACUGCAGAAACAGAGGAGCCGAUCUGGUGAUGAUUGAAAGCGCUAAAGAGCAGACGUUUGUUGCUGGGCUCACCAAGAAAAUGACUUGGAUUGGUUUGAAUGACAAAGAUGUGGAGGGGACCUGGAAAUGGAUCGAUGGAACUCCACUGAUUCUGAAGAACUGGGCGUUGAACGAGCCGAAUAAUGGUGGUGGAAAUCCAAAGUUGGGUGGAGAGGACUGUGCACAUAUCAGAGCUGAAACCCCUGAGUGGAAUGACCUGCCGUGUGAAACUGUUAUGCCGUGGAUCUGUGAGAAAAUAGCUUAAUGUUGCUUAUAUGUUAAUGCAACCCAGUUGCACAGCAGUUCGUGAAGUAGUCACAAAAUGUAUUGAUUCUUGUACACAAAUUCCUCAUUUUUUUUCAGGAUGGUCAGCAAGAAAUCAAUUUGUAUGUAAUCCACGUAAUUGUGAACCGGAAAGUAUACCGAGUGGCGAACGCAGCAUAUGGAGGAUAGAGGGUAGAUGGGUGGGCUCGAAAAGCACAGGAUUUUACCCAGGAGACCGCUGCUGGUGUCCCGUGUUAAACUACAAGUCAAAGCUGAUUUAUUUGUCACUUAAGUUAUGGCACUUCUGGAGUUAUUUUAACCAAAACCACG